AGUUCAAUUUAUUUCCACAUUGCAUAUGAACACAUCCGGAUCGUUUCAAGGAGGACAUCCACAUUCAACAACAACAACAACAAAAAAACACCACCGAAAUAAAAUAUCAACCAGUGAAGAACAUUCGACAAACUCAAAAAUCAAGCCAAGCAUCAUAAGAAUAAUCAUCAUUGUCAUCAUCAUCAUCACCAACGACUAACCAUCCAUCUACACAAAAACGAUAUCGUAUUUGAAAGAAAAAAAAAUAACAAACGGAACAACCCGAUUAUUUUCACUUGGUCAUAUUCAACUGUCAUUGUUGUCAAGGAAUUUCAAUGUUCACGAUGCUCAACAAAUUAUUAACGAUAAAAUCAUCAUCAUCAUCAUCAUCAUCGCAAACGUCAUCGUCAUCGUCAUCAUUGUUGUCAACAAAAAUGAAUUGGAAAAAAGAUGGACAAUUCGGUUUGUUUGUUUGGAUAUUCGUAUUUGUUGCCGUGGCCACUUAUUAUCAUUCAUCAUUGUCGGCUGAAGCAUACCCAGUUAACUUAAUGAUGACAAGGAAAUAUCCUGUAAACGUAGAGGUGGAGAAUCCAGAAGAAUUGAUCAGUACGCUUGAUAAUUUGAUUCAAAAUAUUUUGGUUGGAAUCGAUUCAUCACAUUCGAAUAAUAUGCAGCAAAUCACUGAUAAAAGUUCUGGAACAAACAAACGAGGCAUAGAUCUUGGAUUGUCGCGGGGAUUUUCCGGUAGCCAAGCGGCUAAACAUCUAAUGGGUAUGUCGGCAGCCAGUUUUGCAAAUGGACCUGGUCGAAAACGUUAAGAAAAAAAAACAUAAAUGAAACGUAAAUAAACAAACAAACACAUAAAUACAUUUGUA